CUUGCAGUUGCUGAAAACUGCGGAAGCGGAAAUCGCCGUCGUGUCGUCUCCUCGAAGAUUCCUGAAGCUCUACUCAGGCUGUAGGAUCUGGUUUCUAACAUCCUGAGAUAAGUCAAUGCAGACAGGGGGAGGAGAGAGCAGCACAAUGUACGCUCACUGAGCCAACACUCAAGCAACGUAGAAAUAAAUCUUUGACAGCACUGAAGAUCACGGUGGUUUGAUUCCCCACCUCCCCACCAGACACCAUGACGUCCUCUAUGCUCCGCCGACAGCUGAAGAACCUGGUCCAGAACUACUCUGAGGCUGAGGUCAAGGUGAGAGAGGCGACAUCUAAUGAUCCAUGGGGUCCUUCCAGCUCUCAGAUGGCUGACCUCUCUGAUCUGACCUACAAUGUGGUGGCCUGCAACGAGAUCAUGACGAUGCUCUGGAAGCGCCUGAAAGAUGACAAGAACUGGAGACACAUUCACAAGUCCCUGACACUGCUGGAGUACCUGUUGAAGACCGGUGACGACCGUGUGCUUCUGAAAAUGAAAGACAACAUCUACAUUGUCAAAGCCCUCACAGAGUAUCGCUUUGUAGAAAAGGAUGGCAAAGAUCAGGGUGUAAAUGUGAGAGAGAAGGCCAAGGUUGUCCUUGUUCUUAUGGAGGAUGACGAGAAACUAAAGGAGGAGAGAGAAUUUGCCUUCAAGACCAGAGAGAAGACAUCAAAAAGUUCAGCUGCCUCAUCCAUGGAUGCCAUCAAGGAUCCCACCUACAAGCCAUGCUACGUUGCCGGGGCCACAGGACUUCCAUCCUUGGACAACAUACCCUCAGUGGCCGACUUGACUGCUUCCUUUGCUGCCCGCAAAGAAGAGCGUCUUAAACAGGAAGCUGAGAAGAAAGAAGCAGAGAGGAGGGCCAAGAUGUCUGAAGACGAGCUGAAAUGGGAGGAUGCUGGCAAAGGCAGUGAUGUGAAAGGAGCUUGGGGAGAAGAUAAAGCUGAGGAGGUGAAAGCAGGCCCAUGGGGAGCCCCCGAAGAACCUAAAGAAGCCACAGAUCCAUGGGGUACACCUGCAAAACCUGACACAGCAGCCAGCAGUGAUGCUUGGGGGGCUCCAACCAAAACUGAUGAAGAUCCAUUUUCAGCGCCAAAAACAGAUUUAGAUAAAGAUGCAUUUGCGGCACCAAAGAAUGGAGAAGAUCCUUUUGCAGCACCAAAAGAUGAAUCCGAUCCAUUUAGUGCAUCAAAAGAUGACCCGUUCAACACACCAAAAGAUAGUUCAGACCCCUUCAAUGCGCCCAAAGACAAGGAAGAUCCAUUUGCUGCUUCAAAAGAAAAACCAGAUCCCUUUAGUUCAUCUGAAAAUGAUCCAUUCAGUGCCCCAAAAGAUGAUCCAUUCAACGCCCCUAAAGAUGAUCCAUUCAACACCCCUAAAGAUGAUCCAUUCAGCACCCCUAAAGAUGAUCCAUUCAACGCCCCAAAAGAUGAUCCAUUUAGCACCCCAAAAGAUGAUCCAUUUAGUACACCAAAAGAUGAUCCAUUUAAUGCCCCAAAAGAUGAUCCAUUCAACACCCCAAAAGAUGAUCCUUUCAGUGCUCCAAAAGAUGAUCCUUUUAACACACCAAAAGACGAUCCUUUUAAUGCCCCAAAAGAUGACCCUUUUAUCACCCCUAAAGAUGACCCAUUUGGUACUCCGAAAGAUGACCCCUUCACUGCACCAGCAUCAACACCACCUAAAGAAGAUCCAUUUGCAGCACCAGUAUCCUCCGAAGAUGACCCCUUCACUGCUUCCACUACACCACCUAAAGAGGAUCCUUUCUCUGCACCGACUGCACCUACCCAAGAUGACCCUUUUGCUGCACCACCCAAACCUACAAAAGAGGACCCCUUUGCUGCCCCAACAUCACCACCCAAAGAUGAUCCUUUCUCUGCACCAUCCAAACCUACAAAAGACGACCCUUUUGCUGCACCAACAACACCCCCUAAAGAGGACCCGUUUACAGUGCCAUCCAGUCCACCAAAAGAUGAUGCCUCAGAUCCCUUCAAUGCCCCUCCGGUGAGCCCUCCCAAAGGCAGUGCAGAUGCAUGGGGAGCCCCUGCUAGCUCUCCACCCAGCACUGGGUCAGAUCCCUGGGGGAUGCCAUCUGCUCCAAAGGAAGCAAAGGGCGGAGAUCCCUGGGGGGACGGGACAAGUGCCUCACCCAUUGAUAAUUCUGAUGGGUUUGGGGAUGCAUCCAAACUGGACAAUGAUCCCUGGGGAGCCCCAGCUGCAGCUCCAGUUAACACAGACGAUGCCUGGGGUUCACCUGCUCCGACCUUAGACUCCCCCUCAUCUGGUGACCCCUUUGGAGACAGUGCAUCUAAAAAAAGUGAUCCUUGGGGUGCGCCGAGUGACGCACCUAGCAACGGGACAGGAAAGCGAACAGCGCAGGAAGAGAAGACAUGCAGAAAGACUGCUUCAUUUCUGGGCUCCGCGGGGGCAUUGCUUGUUGACUUGGACAAUCUCUUUUCUUCUAAUCCUCAAUCCAAACAGCGCCCCCUCGUCAACACGCUCGUCACCCAGACAAAAGCCAUCGGCGCUUUCAAAGCCAGAGGCAUGACAUCUGGCCCUGUGGUCAGAUCAGGGGCUGUUGCAGGGCUGUCCUUCCCUGAAACAUCAACCCCAUACUACAGUCCUUUUGGUUCCACCCUCGCUCCCACCUUUGGAGCCGCCAGUCCUUCCAUUGAAACUCCCCUAUUCCAGCUACCAUCCCAUGCCAUUGGAGCAUCUCAUUCUGGCUUAAAUAUGCGUCAGCCAGCUCACUUGGCUCUUCCGGGUUCAGGAACUGGAAUGGUACAGUCUGUUUCUGUGGGACAGAGUCCACAAAUGGGACUCAGCUUGAACCCCCCGUGUGGAGGAGUGGGCAUGGUGCAGUCUGGAUCUCUGGUGGGGAAUCCUUUGGCAGAUCCUCUCCUUUUGGGAACAGGAAUGGCUCAGUCCAGUUUCUUUGGAGGGAAUCACCAAGCAGCAGCGGCUCAUUUGGGAGGAUCCACUCCACAGGCCGGGAACGGAGUUACCUUUCAGCCACAGUUGCUCUCUGGCAGUGGGUUGGGUGAGACCAUGAACAAAAACAACAAUCCAUUCCUGUUCUGACAACCUGACGUGUAAUCUUUCCUGUCAGAUAGACGCAUUAUACUAAAUGACCAAACUGGGUAGUUUUACAUGUUUUAGCCUUCCAAAUGUUUAUGUUGCAACUGUUCUCCAAAAUUUAGCCCAAGAAUUUUAGAUUUCCUGUGUAUCUUUCGGGCAGCCAUUGGUUUCAGUUACCGUCAUAAUGUCAUGAAUUUUCCUUCAUAAUUUUUGUCCACCUUACAAUACUAUCAAAUGGUAUUUCAGUUUUGUAGGCAUAGGUAGUUAAAGUCCAGAUGAAAUGACCUAUGCAGAGUUUCUAGCUUCCCUGUUGUGACAGGGAGGAAAUUUGACUUGAUUAUUGAAACGUGGCCAUGAAGAAGUACAUUAAUGGGAUAGUAACUGUAGUAUCCAUAAGAGAGAGAGAGAGAGAGAGAGAGACAAAGCCCAUUGCGUGCUCCAUGUAACAUACUGUAAAUUGCUGAAGCAGUCUGCUGUAAAAUGCCUUGUGCAUCAUCUGGAGCUUUUACAGUACAGACACCACUUUCCUCAUAGUGUAUAAAUUCUAGCCCGCCUUUAACCACAGUAGUUUGGGGAAACGAAGAUACACUGAUGUACCAUGUUGUUGCUAGCUAGCUAACUUAAUCCUAGCUCUGUGCAGCUUUAGCUAUUAGCGGCUUGUGAUAUUACUGGUUGGUACUAGCUUACUUAAACACAUGCCAUAUUUUGUUUUACAGGGGAAAAAAGAUUGGAUUUUGGUAUACAAAUAAAUAGAAAUUGAUUUUUAUUUUUUAUUUUUGGCAUAUAUUUAAGUAGGUGGACAGUACCAUCAGGCUGUGAUCUUAAAGGGUUUAAAAAAGCUUUUUUAUAUCAUCACAAUUUCUUGAGAACUCAUAUUUGAAGACUGAUUAAAAAAUGAGAAAAAGAUCAUUUGAAAUUGACCAUCUUACAUCAAAAACUUGCUUUUCAGCAGCCAACUUUCAAAGCUCAGAUGUCAGAAUGUGUGUCUUGAAUGCACCAGCAAAGAAGAGUUUUCCAAAACUCUUUAUGGGAAAUGAACUAUUAAUUUGAGAGGAUCCCUGCUCCUAACUUAACCAUCCUGUAAUAAAAGCAUUACUUUGACAAAAAUGAAUGUUUACAUGGGCAAACUGAAAUCAUGGCAGCCUGUAAGGAAGGAAAAAAUAAGCUGUAGUUCCAUUUGCACGACUUGUCAGGCUAAAAUAUGCAAAACCCAUCAGCUCCUCAGCUUACACCUGCCCUCCCCUUGAGAUUUACACAAGUAAUAUGAUAGCCAUGGUUUAAAUGUAUGCAGUAUAUUAUCAGAAAUACUAGGUCUGCAUGAUAUGAGGAACAUAUACGAUAAUGUUGUUGAAUAUCACAAUAACAAUAUUACUUGUGAUAAAGAGAUAAUAAAGUGUACUCAGUUCUGCCUUGUGCUGCUUUCAGCAUACGGCUAAAAUGCAGCAAAUUGAUGUUGAUUGAAAAAAAUAAAAUAAAAUCAAGGAAAUUAUUUCUAGGGAUGCACCGAUUGCAAAAUUCUGGGCAGAUAUCGACGUUUAAAAUAACAGUUUGGCCGAUAG